GUUCAGAAAGGAGAGUUAAGAACACAUAACUUAAAUAUGAAAGUCCAUACACUGACGCAGUGAAAUUUUCUUCUGGAAGCAGGCAAUUAAGUUUCAGUUCUAACUGUCUAACAAGGAAGAUGUUUAAUUAUUUAAUUGAUCCUCAGCAUGGUGAACUACAAAAAAACAUUAGUCAGUUGAAUUCUAAAACUGAUGAGAAUGAGCUCUAGGGAGUUUCCAUUGAACAUGGCUGAAGGCAGAAGUGCUGAUAAAGGAGACAUGGACGUAGGAAAGCAAAGGUCUGCUAGUUCAAAUGCUAACAAAAAUGAUAUCAGCUGUUAUUCCAAUGUUAUAAAUAAUUUACUCAAUAUAACAACUAAGAGUCAGCAAGAAUCGAAGAAGAGAUAUAAGCUUGUAGUGCUACGUCCAAAACACCCUGGUGACAAGCUUAUGAUGCCACGACCAAAACACCCUGGUGACCCCCAGCAAUCAGGGUCAAAAGUUGCUACAGAUCAUAACAGAUUCUCGCAGCAAGUAGAAACUGCCACUCCUUCAAAUAUUGGACCAUUGGAUACAAGUCAUUUGUACAUCUCACAGAAAAUAAAAACUGAGGACAAUUCUGAUUGGAUAGGACUCAAUGAGUCUCCCUCUUUAUGUACAUCAACUGCUACUGAUAAAACAUCAAUUCCUCAUAUGACAAGAACAAAUGAUGUUGCAAAUGAAUCAUUCAUCUCACAAAAUAUAAGUACAGAAGACAUUAUUACUAAUUCUGAUUGGACAGGACACAAUCAAUCUACGGCAUCUCCUGCUUUAUUCACACCGAUAGUUUCUACUGUGAUAAAAACUGAAAAGAAUGUUGCAGCAACUGAAUCAGAUUGUUCUGGACAGGUAGAAUCUUGGAUGACACCUACCUCUUCUACAUCAAUGGUUUCCAAAGGAGUCUUGGUUUGUAAGGAGAUAAAAAAUGAGUAUGUUAUAUCUGAUGCAAGAUUGACUGGUUGGAAUGAGUCUGAAGUCCAUAUGUCACACUGGGCAAAUUCACAAAUGUUGUCAGGAAGCAAGUGGAGUUCUACAAUGAUAAAUACAGAAAAUGAUUUUCACAUAUCUGGUACAAGUUGGACGGACCAACAUCACAUAUCUUAUUUUUCUCUUGAACCUUCACUUGCUCAUGUUGACGUCAAAAAUGAGGAAAAUGUAACAAUAAGUAAUUCCUCUUCAUCAAAUUCACAGAAUGAUUCUUUAUCCAGAGAGAAGAGAUACACCUCAACACAGCUCUCCAAGGACUCACCAAGUACAACAAUACACACUGUUUAUCAGUGCCCAGUCUCCCUUUCUCCAGUUGAAAGUUCGAGUGAUGUUGAUGAGGAGAAAGAAAUAGAAUCACUAAACACUGCAGGAUCACCACUUCUUGGACAGGACGAUGGAAAUGAACUAACUGAAAAGAAGCCUGAUGUUGAUAAAGGAGUCGAUUUUUUGAGAGUUGAUGAUAGAACCAGCUCACGGAAGAAACAUCCUCUGGGAGUCGUUAAUAGGACCAACUCAAGGAAGAGACAUAUUGCCCCACAACAAUCAGCUCCCAAGGAAACCCAAUCCUCAGUUGAUAUGUCCAAGGAUGAGAAUGAAGAAGACUGUGUUAACACAUUUUUAGAGAUGUCUGGAAAAUUUUUUAAAUGCGGAUUCUGUGAUGAGGCAUUUGCAAAACCAAAAGAACUCAGCUGGCACCUUAAGGUGCACAGUAGUUUACACUGCACUCACUGCAAAAUCCAAUGUUCCACCAGAAAGCAACUGGAAAAACACCAGAAACUUUGUCAGGAGUUUGUAGGGUCUUUGUUUACAGAAGCAUGUCCAAUCUGUUUAAAGCAAACUCCAUGCAAAGACUUGGGGCUACACUGCAAAUCUCAUGGCGUGCAGCUAAAAGAAAUAAUGUUCAAUUGUGACAAAUGUUCUACCUUGUUUAGUUCUUCACAGCGGCAUAAUGUUUGUGUUCACUUGGAAAACAACAAAGAGGCUCUUCAAAGGAGUUUGAAGUACCACUGUUCAGUGUGCAGAGAGUAUUAUGAAGAGAUUUCUGUAUUUAAAGACCACAUGCAAACUCACAAUAUACCUGAAAGGGCCAGUGCUAUAGCUGUGUAUACAUGCCCAAUGUGUAACGAGCUCUUUUCCAACCAGUCUCUAUUGGAAAAGCAUCUUGAGAAUAGGUGUUCUCAAAGGGGAAUUGAAUACUUAUGGCAAGACAAGGUAGUGAAGUGCAGAUUUUGUGGGCAGUUCUAUCAAAGAAAUCGUAAACGUCAAUCUACCAAUGAUACAAACAACGGAUGCAUUAAAUGCAGGAAGUUCUUAAAGUUAAGAAUAAGUUUGAGGAAGCAAAUGUCAACUCAGAAAAUUCAUCGUUGCCCGGUCUGCUCAAGGUGUUUCUCUAGAAUUUUCCUUUGGAAAUCUCACAUGAGGAAUAACCAUAUACAGGAAGUCGAACAGAAGGGUUUCGAGUGUUUCAUAUGUGGGAAAUUUUUCAUGAACCUCUGCAAUAUUCGGCUUCACAUGAACUCUCAUAUUCCAGUCCGUAGUCUGUCUUGUCUUCUAUGUAAUAAAAAAUUCAGCGACAGUCUCCAUUUAAAGCUGCAUAUGAAAAUCCAUUCUAGUGAAAUGUUAUACUGCAAGAUUUGUUACAAGAGAUUUUAUAAUGCCAAUCACUUCUUUCGACACAGGGCCAUGAACCCAAUAGAGUGCAACUGUGAGAGAUAUGCCAGCAACACAAAGCACAGUGCAUCUUGUAUGAAGGUCAGGGUCUUCUUCAAAGCAGGCAGCAUCUACAUACUGGAUGGUUGCAAAGAAAGUCCGCUACAUGUGUGCAAGAUUUGUUGGGCCCAAUUUGAAAGUGUAGUGCAUUUGCAACACCACCUAAAAACAAGGCAUGAUAUUAUCAAAACCAUUCAUGCAAUAAGUAAAACAUGUAGUGCUCAGUUCAAUCCAAAAUUAAUUUUUGAAAAUAUAAAUUCCAACCCACUUUGAAGUUUUUCCAAGAAACCUAGUCUAGACUCCAUCUUUUUGUCAGAAAGUCAUCUGUAAUAUACUAUUUUUGGGAUUCAAACUUUUUGCAAUGUUUUGAUUAUUAUUUGUGUUUAAUGUCAUCUUUGAUAAAUUUAAUGAACUCCU